AUGUCCAAUCAAGUUUUGAUUUGGGCCCGUCUGCUAGCCCUUCCAUUGAUAUUUUUGGCUUAUACUGCAAUGCUUGCAUCAUUUGUUACACAUAUUUCUUCACUUCAAUUACACUCAGACGAAGUGCUGGGAAUGACAAGACAGUUUAAGCUCUACAACGAGGCCUUCCCAAUGCGUAUUGCGAUGCUUUUCUGUCUAGUUUAUUUGUACAAGCAAGCUUUCGCUAUUCCUGGAUCCUUUUUCAUGAAUUUGUUGGCCGGAACCUUGUACGGUACGACAAAAGGCUUCAUAUUCGUCUGUACAAUGAGCACAAUCGGGGCAACACUUUGCUAUUUAAUCAGCAAGUGUUUUUGUAAACCCGUCAUUAAGUUGUUCUUUCCGCGUCAAAUUGACUCCCUUACUGAAAAAAUCAAGGAAAACGAGGGUAGCCUGUUCUUCUAUCUCCUCGGAAGUAGGAUAUUCCCAGUUUCGCCAAACUAUCUCCUAAAUGCUCUAAGCCCAGUAGUUGGGAUACCCUGCCACUUAUUUGGGGUUACAGUUCUUUUGGGGUUGAUGCCCUAUAAUUACUUCACGGUCCAAGCCGGCACCCUCUUAUCUCAAAUCGAUCCCGAGAAUUUAUCCAAGGAGAACGCGCUAAAUCUAGCGUGCGUUGCGGCUAUCGUAACAAUUCCCGGCUUCCUGUUGCCGAGGUUACGCAGAUACUUCCACAGAAGUCCAACUGAGUCACAUAAAGAGGAAUGA